CAUUCGCACAAGGCACCAAGCUGAUCUUGAGAAAAUUAACAAUGGCAGAGCAGCAAAUUAUGGCCUCUACAGCGAGUAGAAAAUUAAGACCACUCUGGAUCUCUCACGUGAGAAGUGAAUUUAAAAAGAGUGCUCUUGUGUCAAACGGUUUUUUUGGCAUCAUCCUUCUUUGCUUGGAGAAGUUCAUUGAAAAAGAGUUUGCAUGCCCUUGCAAUGUUUAUUGGAAUGCUACGUUUGCAACUGCGUAUUUUCUUGUUCCUGCAACUCUGGUCUUUGUGCUGAUGAUGAAAAUUAAAGACUUUCAGUGUGGGAUGUCUCGAAAGAAGAUCUUUAAAACUGUGGCUUCCAGCAUUGGCCCUGCCCUGUUUUGGAUCAUCAUUGUGUUGUGGGAUGGCCAUUGUGUUGCCUGUAUGGGGACAACCUGGUCAGGCAGUUAUGUAGAAAUUGACAAAGCAGCUCCUCAGAAAUGGUGCAAACCAGCCAACCUCACCCCAUCACAAGAGUUGGACUACAAGACCAGUACUCAGCUUUGUUUUUUCGUGUCUCAGGUCAUAGGAAUGGUGAUGAUCGCAUUGUUCACUGUCAUAUUGGGAGUGUAUUUUUUCUGCUGCAAAGGGUGCAAAAGGAUGCUUCAAAAAAUAUGGCCAGUCAGUCACUCAGCAGAAACCCUGGAAAGUGAUACUAAUGCCCAGUGCCUUCAACAUAUUUGUGAAUAGUAAUAGAAAGAUAAAAUGGACACAGCGUUAAAAAUGAAGGAGACUGAAGACUUUGGUGAUGGUGAUAGAAUCAUUAGGCCUUCUGUAGAAAUCAUUUAUUAAAAUAAUUCAUGGAUAAAGCUGAGAAAAAAACCUUUGACUGUCAUUAAUCACGUUAUUGUAUUGAAAGGAACAAGUCUGGCAAUUAAGUGGGCCAUUUUGGUGAAAUAAAAUAAAGUUCAAUCUGCAUCAAAAGAAAUUUAUCUAAAAUCAGUUUGCAUGUCUAAUUCCAGCUUCUUCAUCUGGAGGCCACGUCAUGUCAGUAACUUAGACAGUGGAGACAGGUGUGUAUGUUGUGUGUAUGUUGUGUAAAUAAACAAGUUCUGCAGAAACAGAUUACAUCAAGAGGCUUUUAAGAACUAUUUACAAGAAAUAUUUUACUUAAAUAAUGAUACCUUUUUUAACAUUGCCUACUCCAACUUUGAAAACCGUCUCUGUACAAUUAUAUGAAAUAAUUAAUACAUGACUAUUUCUUGAUCAUUAUUUGUGAUGAUGUGAAUCUUUUUGAUUUUGAUUUUCUGUGAUAAGAAUGAAACAAGAAAUUUCCUUUACUCUCUACAAAAUCUUAACUGAAACAAGAGCUGUAAACA